UUGUAAAGCUCCGAAAGAGUUCAUUGCUACCAACAAGGACAUUAUAUAUCACGUCCUUGCUACCAACAACGCGUACCACUCUACCCCCGAAGAUAGCAAGUGUUGGUCUUGAUAUCCCCCCUUGUGUAGCCUACAUUAGUCAGCAGAUUCGUUUCGCAGCGUAGGCAUAAGUUUAUUUCUUUAACCGGGAGUGACACGGCAAAACAACACUCUUUGUUAGUAUCAGUUGCUUUAACGUUAACGUUACAGACAAGAGGUCGGAGCUCCAGUGCCAUACAAAAUGGAAAAGCUCGUGGCGUUCGUCAUUUUCUCCUGUGCCGUCUCGGUGGUUCAAGGUCAAGUUUUCAACUGGGGCAAAUGCCCAGACGUACCGGUCAAGUUCAACUUCUCCGUGGAAGCGUACCUGGGCCGCUGGUUCGAGAUCGCCCGCUUUCCGACCAUCUUCGAGAAGGGCCUGAAGUGCGUUCAAGCCAACUACACACUUCUUGAAGACAGCACUAUACAGGUCGUGAACCAAGGCCGGAAGAAGUGUUGCGGAGACGAGACGAAGGCAGUCGGGGUAGCCUGGGCCCCGGACCCUGCGGAACCGGCCAAGCUUGCAGUCCGGUUCAGCCGGUUCAUGCCUGCCGGCCCGUAUUGGGUGCUGGACACAGACUAUGAUCGGUACUCCGUGGUGUGGUCCUGUGUGAACCUAUUCUGGGGAGUGGCUAGGUUGGAACUGACCUGGAUUCUGGGAAGGGAACGCCAGCUGGACGAAUACAAGCUGAGGGACAUCGUGUACGAGCUGACCAAGUACAAGAUCGAUGCGGCCAAGUUCAAGUGGACGGAUCAGGACAACUGUAACGGGACCGUCCCAACUGCACCCGUCCCGUUAGAUAACGAUCCUUCCAGCAACGUAGUGUACGAGGAGGGCUACUGGAUCCAUCCCAAAAUCUUUUAGUUUAAUGUUUACAAUCGUGUAUGCUUUAUUAACUACAUAUUACUUCGAGAAGUUUUCAUUAUCAUGGAACGGAUAUGUGACGUCAGUAAUUGGUCAAAUGUGCCAGGAAGUUUAUAACGUCACGUAUCCGCAAGAUCACGUGUCUCUAACUCUCGCGAGUUUACGUUCUGAAGUGAUUGGUCAUCAGUAUUGAUCCUGUAGAAGGCGACAGUAGUCGUUGAAAUGUUUGAUCAGUGUUUACCUUUGUGCUGGAAGAAAGUAUAGCUUUGUACUCAUGUUUUCAUAUUAAACGUUUCGAAAGAUG